AUGAAAUUCAAAGCAACUCCUGAAGCUGCUAUAACUUAUAUAAAAUUUUCAGUAAUAAUUUUAUUCACGUGGCCACCAGGACUUGGUGCAAGCAAACGAACACAAUUUUUAUUUGAAGUAGGAUGGUUUAUAUCUUGGUUGAUAUCAAUAUUGCUAGUAAUACCACUUGGCUAUGCAGCAUAUGAUCAACGAAAAAAUACUUUAAAUUUUACAAAAUCCGUUUGUUUAGCAAUAUCAUGUGCACAAGUUGUCGCUAAAAUGUUAAUCGCUAUGUGUCAACGCAAUCGGUUUCAGAUACUAAUCAAUGAAAUGGAAAAUUUUGUUAAAAAUUCAAAAAAUAAUGACAGAAAAAUUCUUGUGAAUUACGUGAAACGUGUUUCGGUGCCAAUGAUUGUAUUUAAUUUUCUAUCAAUAUCAGCAUGUGUUGGAGUUAUAUGUGGGCCACUUGUCUUGGAUCAGCCAUUUCCAACUGAAGCUAAAUAUCCUUUUUCUGUUGAUAAACAUCCAGUGUUUGAUUUAAUAUUUUUACAUCAAGCAAUUGCAGGUUUUCAAUGUGGUUCAAUUGGUGCAAUUGAUUGUCAAGUGGCAUUACUUUUAUGGUACAUGGUAGCAAGACUUGAUAUGCUUACUUUUCAAUUAAAAAAUAUCAACAAAUUAAGUGAUUUAAAAAAUUGUGUAAGGACACAUCAAUAUUUACUUUGGUACAUCAAAGAACUUGUACAGUGUGCUCGCUAUUUUGUUUUGACAUCAAUCAUCAUGACUACAUUGUCAAUUAUUUUUGGUGGUAUUCACAUUAUUGGAGAGCAACCAUUGACUGUUAAAUUGCAAUUUAUAAUAAUCGAUUGUGGCUUUUCUUAUUUGCUAUAUCAUAGUGCGUGGCCAGCGGAAAAUCUUAUUCGAGCAAGUGAACGAAUUGGAAGUAUUUUAUAUGAAAUAAACUGGACAAAAAAUUCACAAGAAUUUAAUAAAAUAAUGAUGAUUAUCAUCCAAAGAUCUCAAAAACCUACAACAAUAACUAUUGCCGGAUUUGUACCAAGACUUUCUUUAAGUUAUUAUGCAACGUUCUUAUCAAAAACAUUUUCAUUUUUCACGACAUUGAGAAUAAUCCUCACAAAAAUGGAAGCUCAAGAUGAUCAUCAGUAA